CUCUGGGUAGCAGGAUUAAAUGACCAUUUUUCUUGAAACUCGUUUACCUAAAUUUUCUAAUUUACCUACAAUCAACAUAUUUCAUUCAUUUAUAUAUAUGUGUGUAUAUAUAUAUAUAUAUAUAUAUGAAUUUUUUUAAGUUCAAAGACCUUGUCACAAUCAUCUUGGUCUCUUCAUGACCUACAACUAGGUUCCUUCAACUCAGUCAUACUUCUUUAUCUUAAUAUUCCUUAAUUAAGAAGUUCUUGAUCAAGAUUUCUUACUAUUUCCUACACUCUUGUACAUGAAGAAUUGGAAAGUAUGCCAGAUAACUAGGAAUUGGGCCCCUGGAGAAUUUUGAAGUAUGACAGACCUAGGUUUGAAAUUUGGGAAACUACUUUGUUAAGCAUCAGUUUCUUUAUCUGUAAAAUACGAAUAAUACUGAGCUGAUAGGAUUGUUGUGAGAAUUAAGGGAGAUAUGAGAGGUACAGGGUUCAACAAAUGCAAGCUAGUAUCUGAGAGUCCUGAAAUAGGACUGGUUGCUAAAGAGGAAAGGGGUUAUUUGCUGUUGUGGUGUGGAUCCACAUUUUUGGGCUUUGUCAAAGGAAAUGAGGGAUGGCCAGUCAGACAUAUUUUUUGUUUGCUGGUUGCUGAAGUAAUUACCUACCUUUGUUUGUGUGAGCUGAUGUACAUCUAUAGGCUCUGAGGUGAGAAUGCUGUGUUAAUAAAGUGCAAAUGUCUUUAAUGGAAAACAGUCUCAAGAGUUAGAAUAUCCUGACCACUUAGUUAUAUAGCUUUUACUUUUAAAAAUGCAUUAUUUCUUGUUCUAAAUAGAAAGUAUUAUGUGCAUCUUUCAAACAGAACAUGAGAAAAUAGUAAUGUCUGCUUUAAGGAACCAUUAGUUCCUUUCUGCCCACUUACUUUUAAACAACACAUAAAUUAAUGGAAUGAUGGGUCCACUUUUUAGACAUCUCAAACAAAAAAAAUGUGUGGUGAGAUUGUAAGGCCACACUAACGACUAUUUAAUAGCUAAUGCUGUGCAGCUUAGACUUGAAAUAUUUGAAAACUGUUUUUAAUCCAAAGGAUAUAUUCCUUUAUUCUUAACAAAUCUCAAGAAUGUGGAGAUCUGCGUUUUCCUUUUAACGAAAAACAUGAGAUUAGUUUCCAAAAUAGGAAUUGAUGUUAUUAACUGGAGACAGGAGUUGCAGAAAUCCGAGUUCUACAAAUGAUAUCCUUUUCUCUUGCAUGUGGACUUACGUUUCAGUUAGUCGAAUUGUUGAACUCCCUUUUUACACUUUCAAAAUUCUCGUUUUAUGUUAAAAACUCAGUUAUCCCAAGGGGGGGGCUGUGUGCAAAGAAAAUGUAAAUUACAGUUGGAAAGGAUUUACAUUUUGUGCCUUUCAUUUGCUAUUAACAAAAGUUAUCUAGCAGGCUCUGUCUGGGUUAAUUUUAGUUUUUAGUAGUAAAGGUCUCUCGCAAAAGAAGUAUCCUUCAGCAAUUGCUUUCUUUUAAAAGCCCUUCAGAUUCUUUCUGGAGGUGCCGUGUAAAGCUGCGCAGGCGCCUUGCUUCCCUCUCCACUCCGCCCUUACAGUUGUCUACUAGCUGAUGACAUCAUUGGCCCGCGCAGCCUACCGCGCCUCAGGACCUAUAGAUAAGCCGAAGUCCCGGCUUUCCCGUAGCGGGGCGGGACGCGAAGGGGGCGGGGUUGUUCUAAUACGCUUGCGCACCGUAGAUGGCGACGAUUCCCUUUUCUUCGCUUUCCACAGCUCUCUCCAGUCGGAGGGGAGUGGGGACCUGAGUGCCCUCCCUCUUCCCUCUCUGCCCCUCCCCUUGCCUCCUCCCCCUACACCCCCCCCCCCCCCAACCCGCCGCCCAGCGGGGCUUCUAACUGACAGUUGUCGCCGGGCUGGGUCCGCGCGCCGCCUCCUCCUUGCCCGAGUGCCCCGCAGGUAGAGAGGGGCGGGAGGGGGUGUGAGGGAGCUGAGGAGGAGGAGACCGAGCUUCCGAGGCCCAGCGCUGUGGCCUACUCCGGGGAGGCAAGAGGAGAUCCCCCCCACCUUCCGUCUCGCCCCCUCCCAGUCCCUUAGCCGGCCAGGGAGGGGGUGGGGCGCCGAGGCCCCGGCGGCCAAGCCUGGCCUGGCCGGUGAAGAGCGGGCGGGGCGCUGAGGAGUGAGGCAAGCGAGGGCCGCGCGCACCGCUGCCGGGGGGAGGGGAGAGGAGGGCACCUAGGCUCUCCUCUUCUCUCCCCCAUCCCCCGCGCGCCAUGUAACCCCGCCCCGCUGGCGGCGAGCUCAAGACCCCCGCGCUCACUGAGUGGAGCCGGCUGCUGAGGAGAGCGAGGCCCGAUGCGGCUGGGUCUGCGCGGUGCGGCUGAACCCUGAGGAAGCGGCCCGCGCUCACGCUUCCCCCCCGGCGCCUCGAGCGGCCGCUCUACUUCGCCCAACCUGGGCUUGCCGGGGGGGCGUGAGCGUGCCCAAGACCCUGGGGGAGAUGAAGCCAGCGGGGGAGGAGGAGCGGCCGCCGCAGCCGGCCGAGGAAGAGGACGAGGAGGAGUUGGCAGUGGUGGCCCCGGCCUUAGGGCCCGCCGGAGGGAGGAGCGCCUCUUCGCUGGAAGACACGGACGACCAGGAGGAGGAGGUGGUGAUGGUGGUCGGGGGCGGUGGCUGUAAGGAGCAAGAACUAAACUACGAACUGCAGCAGGGCUACCGCAUCCUGGGAGAGUUCCUGCAGGAAAAGCACCGGGGCCUCACCGCCCCCUUCUUGCAGCCCUUGGGGGGCGUUGCCACCGGGGAGGAGGAGGCGGCCGAGGGGCCGCGCAGCAGGGGCCGGGGGUGUCGCUCCUUCCCGCCGCAGCCGGGGCAGGGCAUGUGUCUGCUGAAGAUGGAGGAGAAGUUCAGUAGCGGCCAGUACCGGGGCAUCACCGAGUUCGUGGCAGACUUUAGGUCGAUGCUGGAGAUGUGCUACCGCCUGCAUGGUGUGGACCAUUGGAUGUCCAGACAGGGCCAGAAGCUGGAGAUGAUGCUGGAGCAGAAGUUGGCGCUUCUCUCUCGGCACUUGAGAGAAAAGACAACGAUAGCAGUUACAUCUAGAGGCUAUUUUGGAUUGGAGGAUGAGAAGGGAACUGCAUGUACUUCAACAAGGCGUCGGUCAACACCACGAAGUUUGGCAGGCUUGACAAGUGGAGUUUUUGAAUCUAUAAUGGUUCAAGUUUUGAGACAGGAAGAACAGCUGAGAGCAAAAGAAGAAAAAAGGCUUCGGGAGCAGGAGAGAAAAGAAGCAGAAGAAGCUAGUCAAAAGGAAAUGGAAGAAUGGGAAAGAAAACUUCUAGCUCAAGCAGCUCCAACUUGUAUGGAGACCAUGUGGGAAAUUCCAGCUAUUGGACAUUUUCUUUGUUUAGCCCAGCAAAUUCUAAAUUUGCCAGAAAUAGUCUUUUACGAAUUGGAACGUUGUCUUCUGAUGCCUCAGUGUAAUGCUUUUUUAUCUAAAAUAAUGACUUCUCUAUUAAGUCCUCCUCAUCGCAGACCUACUUUACAUCGAAGACCUACUUUGCCUUACAGGACCUGGGAAGCAGCACUGAGACAGAAAGUACAGCAGUGGUACACUGCUGUAGGGCAGACUGAAAAUCCCAAUAGCUGUGCCGAGAAACUUGGGUUGUGUCCUCAGUUUUUUAAAGUUCUUGGAGAAGUUAGUCCAUUGGAAGAAAAACCUUUUCAUGAACUACCUUUCCAACAAAAAGUGUGGUUACUUAAAGGUCUUUGUGAUUUUGUGUAUGAAACACAAAAAGAAGUUCAAGAUGCUGUACUUGGACAGCCUAUUCAUGAAUGCAGGGAAGUUAUCCUUGGUUACGAUUAUUUGGAGAAUGCUUAUGUACAUUUUCCACAGUUCUGUGGUGCAGAUGUACGGAUUUAUAAGCAAAGACCUUUUCAGGCCCCUGAAUUUCCAAUUCCACCCAUUAAAAUACAAAGAGUACCUCGGAUUAAACUGGAGAAAUUGAAGUGUGACUAUUUUAGUACAAGUAAUGGAGAACAUAGAGGUAGUAGAGAAGGCCUGCCCUCUGCCUUCAAGAAAGAACAAGAAAUUAAUUUUGAUCCAACUUGCUGCCCUGCUAAAAUGAACUUGGAUAAUCAUGACAUCCCAGUUGAAGUGGAAGUGAAAUCCAACUGUGAAAUUAGAAUUCAUAGGCCAUGUGAAAUUAAGAAAACUGGUUGUUGUAAAGAAAAUUUAGAGAAAGCAGGGAGUCCAGGGGAAGUUACUGGCUUUGGAGAGCCUCUCAGUCCAGGUGAAAUAAGGUUUAUAGAAAAUCAUGAAAGAUACAGUGAAGCUUCCAGAGUAAAGCCUGAACCCAGUCCAUUAAAAGAGAAUGCUCUCAAGUCUUGCCAAAUGCAUGUAAAUGGAAGUCACGGAGAUCAUCUGGAAAUUAACUGCCACAAAGUUGUAAGGGAUAUUCUAUUAGAGCAGUCACUACAGAGCCACAAAAAACUCAAGCUAACUAAAAUGAGAGCAAAAAAGAAGAAAAAGAAAAAAAAGAAAUUAAAAGAUGUUUUGAGUGAAAACUUACAAAGAAAGCGGGAAGGUCUUCAUUCUCUUGCAUUCAAGUCUUACAAACCUGAGAUCCAGAAUAAGUUAUUGAUCAUCAAAAAGAAAGCAAAACACAAGAAGCACAAAUCUGGAAAAAAAUCCAUAUCUAAAAAAGCAAUCACAAAGAAGAGGAAAACUGUCACAAAGUCAUCUACUGUACCAGAAUUUCAGCUUAUUUGCACUAAUCUUGAUGAACUCAGGGACUUAAUCACAAAAAUCGAGAAUGAACUCAAAGAUCUGGAAAACAGUAGAAAAAAAUCGAUGUCCAAUGUCCCCAACACCAGUAGAUUGCCAACUCCCUCUCUGCAACACUCCAGCCAGCAUUCUGCUGGUGUUGUCAUACCCAUCCUAGAUUACUGCCGUAGAAUGGAGUUGUCCUUUAGUUGUAAGGGCAAAUGGUAUCAUCGGAGGCAAGCUGUAAAAGAAUUACAUGGUACAUUGAUACGUCUUUUAAAUGAAUUGCUGCCAUGGGAACCAAAGUUAAUGAAAGCUUUUCAAAGAAACAGGAGCCGCCUGAAGAAAGACUAUGAUGAUUUCAGAAGACAGCCUGAUCAUGAUAAAUUUACUAGAGAACUAUGGACUACUGAAGAAAGUGAAGGAGAUCCUGGAAAAGAAUCUCCUAAAGUAGAAAUCAAUAAAUCUAUAGACUCAACAGAACCUCCAGAUAUCCUGGAGAAAGAUCACUUUGAUUCAGCUGAUAUGAAAUUGUCAGAAAUAGAUUUUCCUAUGGCCAGAAGCAAGUUGUUGAAAAAGGAAUUGCCUUCUAAAGAGGUACUGAAGACACUGCCUAAAACACUUAAGCGACAGUUUAAACAAACUAGUCAUCUGGAUGAUAGCACAAAAGAGCUUUCUCCAAGGAAGAAAGCAAAAUUAAGCACAAAUGAGACAACAGUUGAGAAUGCAGAAGAUGAUAUGCAGAUUGACUGUUUGGAUGAACCAAAUCACACAGAGCCACUGUUUCCAGAGUCAUUCGCCUCAAUGGAUUCAACACCAGUGUCUACUCUCCAGAAAGGGACCAAACCUAUUCAGGCCUUGCUUGCAAAGAACAUUGGGAACAAAGUGACCUUAACAAAUCAACUGCCCCCCUCCACAGGCAGAAGUGCUUCUUCUGUGGAAAAGUCAGUUAUAUCUCCUCCAGAAGCGAGCCCUAUAAAGCCAGCAUUGACCUGCCACACCAGUAAAAAAGGUCCUUUACAGAUGGUAUACAGAAUGCCCUGUGGCCAGUGGUUGCCCAUAGACCUUCAUAACAGCUCUGUAAAGAUUCAGAUGCAACCUGUGCUAGAUCCUAAAACAGGAGAAAAAAUCAUGCAGCAGGUUCUCAUUUUGCCUAAGAAUUUUGUGAUUCAGCACAAGGAAGGGAGAGCAGUUGCAAAAGAAAUACCACCACUUCAACAAAAAGGUACAGAGCAACAUUGUUUAUCUUUCCAGCAGAUAGCAAAUGUGAACUCUUCUUCACCAUCAAUUCUUGUGAAGUCAACAGGAACUGUUUCUUCCACCCAUCUACCUAAUGCAGUUUUCAACAAGACGAUUACAUCUUUGUCAAAUGCAAGUAGUGCUAGACCACAGCCUUUGCCACCUGUAACCUCCAUAAGUAAUUUAUUGACACCACCAGUUAAGAAUAGCCAGAGUGAGGCAGGAAAAGUCAAGAAUGCAGUCUCAGCAGCCACAUUCCCCCAGCCCAUUGCUUCACCCACAACUUCAACAGUUCAGCCUCUGUUAUCAGCAACAACACUAAGUGGAUCUGCAAAUCCCAGUAGCUCCCUCAACUGUUUUGCACAACAAACUGCUGAUUCUUCUGAAGCAAAGCAAGAACUGAAAACUGUGUGUAUAAGGGAUUCACAGUCAAUUCUUGUUAGGACACGAGGUGGGAACACUGGAGUUGUAAAAGUACAGACAAAUUCAGAACAAAAUUCACCCAACAGUUUAUCUUCAAAUUCAGUUUUCACUUUUUCUCCUCAGCUUCAGGCAUUUCUGGUGCCAAAACCAACAACUUCAUCAUCCUCUGCUUUUCCACCAGUAGCUGGAAUGACUACUACAUCUAGUCUCCCACCUUUUGGCCAAACACCGACUUCUGUUUCCAUUCCAGCUGGCUUUAAUUCAUCCACAGGGAAAAAUCUCAAACUUGCAUUAGGUCAACCUUGUGGUAAUUUGGGCCACGUGAUAGAUAAGACUUCACACAUGCCCCCUUCUCCCUUAAAAACCCCUGUUUCCUCUGGUACUCUGCUACCAUCAACAGCAAAUAGUUCAGUAAGUGUAAUUGGCCUGUCAACAGGAAAUUUUGGACAAACCAAUGCAAAUGUUAUCCAUACUUCAACUAAACAGCAACAAGCAGAUUAUAUCACCAAAAGUGUCCCUGUUACAAGAUCAGAAGCAACAGCAGCAACAAAUGGAGAUGUAAUCAGUGGAACUGCAGUUCAGAAAGUUAUGCUGGUGUCAGCUCCAUCUGUUCUUUCUUCUGGCAGUGGAACUGCAAUUAAUGUGACACCUGCACCAACACCUACAGGUGUUCCUGCACAGAAAUUAGUUUUUAUUAAUGCUCCAAUUUCCAGUGGCACUUCAACUCUUGUGGCAGAACCAUUAAAACAAACUCUUCCUCCCCCCUUGAAUAAAACAUAUGUUAAGACUCCAGAGCAGCCCCAGAUAGUGCUUAUUCCAUCUACAGUGGGAGCACCAAUAAAAAUAAAUUCAUCACCAACUGUGUCUCAGAUAAGAGAUGUGAAAAUUGGACUAAACAUAGGGCAAGCAAUUGUAAAUACUUCAGGCAGUGUGUCAGCUAUACCAUCAAUUAACAUAUUGCAAAAUGUAACCCCAAAAGGAGAAGAAAAAAGUACCAAGGGCUUUGUUUUGCCAGUGUCAACAAGUGGUAAUUCAAUUCCAGUAAGCUCAAAUUUUGUGAGUCAAAAUAUUACUCCUGUUAAUGAAUCAGUGGUUUCUUCAGCAAGAACAGUAAACAUGUUUUCAGUAACAGGAGCAAAUGUAUCUUUAGGUUCUCUUUCAGUGACCUCAACCUCUGCUUCAGUUGGGACACGGCCUCCUAUUUUAGUCAGUGGAAAUGAUACCUCUUCAAGAAUUAUGCCUAUUUUGUCAAAUAGACUUUGCACAUCAAAUCUCGGAAACACUGUGGCUAUAUCAACUGUGAAAACAGGACAUCUUGCAUCAUCUGUUCUGAUUUCAACUACACAACCAACGGUGUCUCCUAAAUGUUUGACAUCAGCUUUGCAAAUUCCUGUUAAUGUUGCCUUGCCUACCCCUGUGACUAUAUCCCCUAAAAUAAUCAACACGGUUCCACAAGGGGCAACAGUAUCAGGAGCCACACAUUCUGUGUCUCUUUCUAAAAGACAAUCUCGGACUUCUGUCCAGUUUCAGUCACCAGGGAUUUCAGCUACAGUGCCAACAAAUACAAACACAAAUAAACCUCAAAUUGAAUUGCCAUCCCUUUCACCAAGUCCAGGCAAAAUAAUUAAUAUUCCCAGUUUUGCUUCUCUGCCAAACCAGCAAAUGUCCCCUGCUUUAGUAAAAUCAACCUCCAGUUAUGGUUCUACUCCAGGUGGCUCUACUAUUCAUACUGCUACAGCACCAUCAAAUGUAACUAAUGUGGUGGGAGGUCAGUUCAGUGAACCUUGUAUUCAGCAAAAAAUAGUCAUCAAUACCAGUACACCUUUGGCACCUGGUACUCAGAUCAUGAUUAAUGGAACCCGGUUUAUUGUUCCACCUCAAGGUCUUGGAGUUGGCAGCCAUGUUCUCCUUAUAUCCACUAAUCCAAAAUAUGGACCUCCCUUAGUUCUUAACACUGGUCAAGGCAUUCAGCCUACCCCAGUGGAUAAUCCUGCCCAGAAGAUCACGCUAUUAUCAAAUAAUUCUUUAAGUGGGCAGCCUGUAAAACAAUCUCCAAGAACCUCUACAAAAAUUGUAAACUCUCUUGGGAAUGCAAGUUCUCUACCCCCAGUACAUACAACAUCACAAAUCAUAAACACAACUGCUAAAGUUUCUGUUCCACCUCCUGUGCCAACAGUGUCAUCGACUUCAGUAAUUAAGUCUCCUCCAGGUACUCUUUUAGCUAAGACAUCUUUGGUUUCUGCAGUUUGCUCUAGUAAUCCUCCACUGCCAAGUAGCACUUCAGUAUUUCAUUUGGACACCUCAGUCAAAAAGUUGUUGGUUAGCCCUGAAGGAGCCAUUUUGAAUACCAUAAGUACUCCAGCAUCUAAGGUUUCUUCACUCUCUUCCUCGCUGUCUCAAAUUGUAUCUGCCAGUCGAAAUCCUGCCUCUGUCUUCCCAGCUUUUCAGUCAUCUGGCUUAGAGAAGCCUGACACAGCUGCAUCUUGAAUUUAGACUAAACGAGCCAGUUUUUAAAUAAUGGGGCAUUGUUCUGACUCCCAUAUAAAUUUUAACUUGAUUAUACUGUUGAAAACAUACUAUACAUAGUUGUGUGUGUGUGUGUGUGUGUGUUUUAAUGUAUCUUUUCAUUGGCUUGCAACAAGGCUUUUUUUCUUGGGGAGGGAAAAAUCUGUUCAAUCUGUUCCAUUUCACUUGUUGGUAUAUGUUUUCCGAGGUUGUUUGUUUAAAGUAGACAGGCUUUACCUGUCUGUAUAACAAAUUGAACAAAGUCAGGUUUGACUGGUUUGGAGUAAGCUAGCCUUUUGCACACUUGCAUUUCUUUUUGUUUCAAGACAUGUUUCUUCUUGAAUUUGGACUUUGCAGUGUGUACCUACAAUAUGGUAUUCUGUGUCAUUAGUGAAACUUAUUUUUGUUUCUGUAAAAUAUAUAUAUAUAUUUAUGCAUUGUGAAAAUGCAGUCCAUGGUGUAAAAUUGUACAUAUUCCUAAAUCCCUAAUAACCUGUACUAAACUAUAUGUACAAAGAACUAUGCUGUCUUAUUUAUGUUUUGUUUACAUAAUGUAUAGUUUUUUAAGUAUUUUAGUAAUUCUGGACCAGUGAACUGUUAGCAACAAUGCAGAAGAAUCUGCAUGUAAUAAACUAAGUUGCUGUAUUUGUUUGUUCGAAUACCA